AGGCAAAGAGGGUUGCUCAACGCCCCGCUUCAUUGGAAAACAAAAUCCGAUCUGGGACCUAUAUAACGUGGCGGAGGCGGAGCGAUAAUUGUCGCGCUCGCACCCACUGCAGCUGCGCACAGUCGCAUUUCCGUCCCCGCCUCUGAGACCCUGCAGCACCAUCUGUCAUGGCGGCUGGGCUGUUUGGUUUGAGCGCUCGCCGUCUUUUGGCGACAGCGGCGACGCGAGGGCUCCCGGCCGCCCGCGUCCGCUGGGAAUCUAGCUUCUCCAGGACUGUGGUAGCCCCAUCCGCUGUGGCGGGAAAGCGGCCCCCGGAACCGACCACACAGUGGCAAGAGGACCAAGAACCCGAGGACGAAAACUUGUAUGAGAAGAACCCAGACUGCCAUGGUUAUGACAAGGACCCCGUUUUGGACGUCUGGAACAUGCGACUUAUCUUCUUCUUUGGCGUCUCCAUCAUCCUGGUCCUUGGCAGCACCUUUGUGGCCUAUCUGCCUGACUACAGGUGCAUGGGGUGUCCAAGAGCGUGGGAUGGGAUGAAAGAGUGGUCCCGCCGCGAAGCUGAGAGGCUUGUGAAAUACCGAGAGGCCAAUGGCCUUCCCAUCAUGGAAUCCAACUGCUUCGACCCGAGCAAGAUCCAGCUGCCAGAGGAUGAGUGACCAGUUGCUAAGUGGGGCUCAAGAAGCACCACCUUCCCCACCCCCUGCCUGCCAUUCUGACCUCUUCUCAGAGUACCUAAUUAAAGGGGCUAAAAGUCUGA